UCACCGACAACAUUUUAUACCACGUCAUUUUGUGCACGUGAUUUGAUGAAAGUUCAAAAUGGCGGACAGCACUACAGGACCCAAUCCCUUUGAAAAACUCCGAUCCCCCCUGGAAGUGGGAGGAGAGAAAUUCAGCUUUUACAGCCUACCUGGUUUGAAAGACAAGCGUUAUGAAAAGCUGCCAUACUCAAUACGAGUCCUUCUUGAGUCAGCUGUGCGGAACUGCGACAAUUUCUAUGUGAAUGAGUCUGACGUUGAGAAAAUACUCGAUUGGGAGGUAAACCAGUCGCAGAAUGCUGAAAUUCCCUUCAAACCUUCCCGAGUCAUUCUACAGGAUUUCACUGGAGUACCUGCAGUUGUGGACUUUGCCGCCAUGAGGGAUGCAGUACAGCGUUUAGGGGGUGAUCCAGAGAAAAUUAACCCUGUCUGCCCUGCCGAUCUUGUAAUAGACCAUUCCAUUCAAGUGGAUGUUUCUAGGAGCAUAUUACUUAAUACUCCCAACCCAGGAGGAGGUAAAGUUUCAUGUAAAAGGUCACCUGCCACUAGUUCCUUGAAGGUGAAAGGUCAACCUACACCAAGUUGUGAAAAAUGCCAAGGUCAAGGACCAAUCUCAGAUAAAGUGUGUCCAUUUCAUGGCCAUAUUACUACAGGUGCUGAUUCCCUGGAGAAGAACCAGAUGCUGGAGUUUGAAAGGAAUAAGGAACGAUUUGUGUUUCUGAAGUGGGGAGCAAAAGCCUUGAAGAACAUGUUGAUAGUUCCACCCGGGUCAGGCAUUGUGCACCAGGUGAACCUGGAGUACCUUGCCCGCGUUGUGUUUUCCGAGGGCGGACUUCUAUACCCUGACUCCCUUGUAGGGACAGACUCCCAUACCACCAUGAUCAACGGCCUUGGAAUAGUGGGAUGGGGUGUAGGGGGUAUUGAAGCGGAGGCGGUCAUGUUGGGUCAGUCCAUUUCAAUGGUGCUACCAGAAGUGGUCGGGUACAAGCUGACCAGCGUUCCACACCCUCUAACAACAUCCACGGACAUUGUCCUUACUAUUACUAAGCAUUUAAGGUCAGUGGGUGUGGUCGGCAAGUUUGUGGAGUUUUUCGGCCCUGGAGUCUCAGCAUUGUCUAUUGCCGAUCGAGCAACCAUCUCCAACAUGUGCCCGGAAUACGGUGCAACAGUUGGAUUCUUUCCCGUGGACGAGAAAAGCUUGCAGUAUUUACGGCAGACAGGGCGUGACGAAAGCAAGAUUGCCCAAAUAGAAGCAUACUUGAGAGCCAAUGGGAUGUUCAGGAACUACAACAACGAAGCCCAGGACCCCGUGUUCACUCAGGUGAUUGAGCUUGAUCUGUCGUCUGUGACGCCGUGUUGCUCCGGUCCCAAACGACCACAUGAUCGUGUGUCUGUUACCGACAUGAAGACUGAUUUCGGGGAAUGUCUUAAUACCAGAGCUGGCUUUAAAGGAUUUGGUAUACCUGCGGACAAGCAAGCGUCAACCGUGCCAUUUGUCUAUGAUGGUCAGGAGUAUACACUGCGUCAUGGUUCAGUGGUUAUUGCGGCCAUCACCAGCUGUACCAACACCAGUAAUCCUACAGUCAUGCUUGGAGCGGGUCUCCUUGCAAAGAAGGCUGUAGAGGCAGGGCUACGAGUGAGUCCAUACAUUAAAACUAGUCUUUCACCGGGAAGUGGGGUGGUCACAUACUACCUGCGAGAAAGCGGAGUGACGCCAUUUUUGGAGAAACUUGGGUUUGACAUAGUUGGGUAUGGAUGUAUGACAUGUAUAGGCAACAGUGGUCCCUUGCCCGAGCCUGUUGGUGAAGCCAUUGAGAAGGGCGACCUUGUAGCAUGUGGUGUAUUAUCUGGUAACCGGAACUUCGAAGGACGUAUUCAUCCAUUGACGCGAGCAAAUUACUUGGCCAGUCCCCCAUUAGUCAUUGCGUACGCUCUUGCUGGUCGUGUUGACAUAGAUUUUGAAUCCGAGCCACUUGGAACCAAUGCAGAGGGUAAACCCGUGUUCUUGAGGGAUAUUUGGCCUUCCAGGGAAGAAAUACAUACUGUGGAAGAAGAGUUUGUCAUUCCUUCCAUGUUCAAUGAGGUCUACUCAAGAAUUCAGAAAGGCAAUGAACGCUGGAAUAAACUGGACGCUCCGGAAGGAAUGUUGUACCCCUGGGAUGAUAAGUCCACCUACAUUCAAGAUCCCCCUUUCUUCCAAACCAUGACGAAAGACCUUCCCAAGAUCCAGGGUAUACGAGACGCAUACGUUCUGUUGAAUUUCGCGGACUCCGUUACCACUGAUCAUAUCUCGCCCGCUGGAAGUAUUGCCCGGAAUAGCCCAGCAGCCCGAUACUUAGCAGGGAGAGGCCUGACCCCACGUGAGUUCAACUCGUACGGUUCCAGACGGGGGAAUGAUGCGGUGAUGGCACGAGGCACUUUUGCAAAUAUACGUCUCGUGAACAAGUUUUUGGCCAAGCCAGGCGCAAGAACGCUCUAUCUGCCUGCUAAUGAAGAGAUGGACAUUUUUGAUGCUGCGGAAAGGUACAAGUCUGAGGGAAAGCAGGUUGUUAUUCUGGCAGGGAAGGAAUAUGGGUCAGGUUCUUCCAGGGACUGGGCUGCCAAGGGGCCCUGGAUGCUGGGUGUUAAAGCAGUGAUUGCCGAGAGCUACGAGAGAAUCCACCGUAGUAACCUGGUGGGGAUGGGUAUUAUACCAUUCCAGUACAAGGAGGGGGAGAAUGCAACCUCCCUAGGUCUGACGGGAAGGGAGACAAUCACAGUGGAACUGCCACAAAACUUGCAGCCUGGACAACUAGUCACUGUGCAGGCGAGUGGGGGAAAGUCAUUCCAAGUGAUAACACGUUUCGACACAGAAGUGGAACUGGUCUAUUUCCGAAAUGGGGGCAUUCUGAACUACAUGGUUCGCAAAAUGUUGAAUAAUGCAUAGAAAUGUUGGAUAGUGCAAAAAUAGGUUGAACAUGGCAUUAAAAAAAUGGACAAUACCUGAGGAAACAGACCAACUUUGAAAGAAAUAUAAAAGGAAUUUGUUUAGAAUGAUAUGGUGUGAAAAUUAUUGAAAAGUGCCCAUAAAAAAUCAGGUGAACUUCAAACUGAAAUUAAAGGAACUGCGUGAAUGUAUGUGAAAUUAAAGAAACUGCGUGAAUGUAUGUGAAAUUAAAGAAACUGCGUGAAUGUAUGUGAAAUUAAAGGAACUGCGUGAAUGUAUGUGCUGAAUGGUAGUUUAGAUUGUUAUUUAAUUAGAAAGGUCAGAAAAUAAUGUUCAAGCUUUUUUUUAUGAAUGUGAUUAAGUGAGAGUUAUUUGUUCAUGAGGAACAUCACAAAUCAAUCUUAAUAGUUGACUGAAAACAACUUUAUAAAUGUAAUAGUAGAUUAAACCUUUGUUUACCUUUGUUUUAAAGGAACUCGUUUACAGUUAAAAGGUCAAAUACCCCAAUUUGAACUCCAUCAUGAAAACUGUUGGAGAGUUCCUUUAAAAUUUAAUCAUGUAAAUGAAGUGUUAUUUCGCGUUCAAAUUGGUGGAUUCCCUAUAGAAAAUAUAGACAAUUUGAUUAGUGGUCUAUUACCUUUUGUGGGCUUGCAAAUUGCAAUAUUUCUGGAAAAUGCCCUUUCUAAGUCUCAAUUCUUACAGCGAAUAAUAAAUUUACUCCUUUCUAAAGUCCUUACCUCAUAAGAGAAACGUAAAACCAAUUUUCGCCAAUCUUCUGCCAUCUCCUUCAGUGCUACAACAUACACAAUGUGUUUUUGCAAAGUAACAUUUUGUUAUAUCUAAUAGGAAUGAAUGUUCAAUAGGUUAGUAAUAGUAUGUGGUUUGGAUGUUAAUUCACAUUUUGUAAGUAUUAAGUCCAUGUGUAUCUGUGAUUUAACAUGUAAGUUCAGUGUUUCAUACAGUGUGCCAUGUUUGUUAAAGAGUGUAAGAGUGAAUUAAAAUAGUUGAAAAUACAAAUUUCUGCUGUAAUGAAUAUUAAUUUAUUUACUAGUAUUAAUGUUUAUUUCUUUUGCCAACCUAUAGAAGCCAGGUGAUCUGUUUAUCAUAAUUAAAGUUAUACUAGAAACAGGUAUUUAUUGAUUAAAAAAUAGAUUUUGGUGCUAUUUUCACCCUCAUCAUGUGCAUAGUUUGAUACAGUUGUGUCAAGAGAAUAACAUGAUUGUGCAAAUGUCAGUAGUUAGAUAUAUAAAAUGCAUAAAACUGA